ACGAGCCGACGACGCUUCAGAGCCUAGCCAUGCCGCAGCCAACGCGGCAUAACUCCCCACUGCCAAGCCGCAGUCUUCAGCCGUGCCCGUGCCCAGUUCCGGCGUGAGCGCAGCCUCCAGGACGCCAUAUCUAUACCUUCCUGGCUCCCCGAACUCCGAGCAGCCGAAUCCAGCGAAGCGUCCAUCCCUUCUCCGCAUCACGCGCUUCCUUCUUCAUAAUAUCAAACCUCCUGUUGAGUCUUGACCCCGACCACUUCACCCGCUUGACUAGUACUAGCUCGCCUCCGCCUGACCGCCUCUCGAUUCCCAGAACGCCUCCGCCUCCGCCGGCUCCAAUGGCGCUGCCCUACCUGGAGGCCGUGCUGUGCUUUAUGAUUCUCAUGUACCUAUUUGAGACAUAUCUUGACAUUCGUCAGCAUAGAGCCCUCAAGUUGCCUACGUUGCCGAAACCCCUGCUAGGAGUAAUUAGUAAUGAAAAGUUUGAACGGUCCAGAGCUUAUAGCCUUGACAAAAGCUAUUUCCAUUUUGUUCAUGAGGCUUUUACUAUUGUGAUGGAUAUCACAAUACUGUACUAUAGAAUUCUUCCCUGGCUUUGGAAGAAAUCUAGAGAAUUAGUUAUCGGUGUUGGCCUGAAUGCUGAGAAUGAGAUAAUACACACCCUUGCGUUCUUAGCUGGUGCCAUGAUUUGGUCACAGAUUACAGACUUGCCAUUCUCUCUUUAUUCAACUUUUGUUAUAGAGUCUCGACACGGUUUUAACAAGCAAACUAUAUGGCUCUUCAUUAGGGAUAUGAUCAAAGGAAUUUUACUAUCCAUGUUACUUGGGCCACCAAUCGUGGCUGCUAUCAUAUUCAUAGUACAGAUUGGAGGACCUUACCUGGCUAUAUAUCUCUGGGGUUUUAUGUUUGCAUUAGCUCUCCUCAUGAUGACAAUAUACCCCAUCGUGAUAGCUCCUCUGUUCAACAAAUUCACAACUCUUCCUGAAGGAGUACUGAGGGAGAAAAUAGAGAAGUUAGCAGCUUCCCUCAAGUUUCCUUUGAAAAAGCUUUUCGUAGUGGAUGGGUCUACCAGAUCAAGCCACAGUAAUGCUUACAUGUAUGGGUUUUUCAAGAAUAAGCGCAUAGUACUCUAUGACACAUUGGUUCAGCAGUGUAGUAAUGAGGAUGAGAUAGUUUCUGUUAUUGCACAUGAACUUGGGCACUGGAAACUCAAUCAUACUGUCUAUUCCUUUGUAGCUGUCCAGUUGCUUAUGUUUCUGCAAUUUGGAGGAUAUACUCUCGUAAGGAACUCCAAAGAUCUAUUUGAAAGUUUUGGUUUCGAGGAUCAGCCUGUAAUAAUUGGACUUAUCAUUUUCCAGCAUACCAUAAUACCUCUCCAACACCUUCUGAGUUUCUGCCUGAACCUUGUCAGCAGAGCAUUUGAAUUUCAGGCUGAUGCUUUUGCCAAGAACCUUGGAUAUGCCCCUCAGCUACGGGCAGCCCUUGUUAAACUACAGGAGGAGAACUUGUCUGCAAUGAACACGGAUCCAUGGUAUUCUGCAUAUCACUACUCCCAUCCACCUCUUGUCGAAAGGCUUGCGGCUCUUGAAGAGUCAGACAACAAAAAAGAAGACUAAUGGCAUACGACUGAGCUGGUGUCCAAGCGUCGAAAUCUUGAUCCUUUUUGUGGCUUACCAUAUGAAUUUCCCUGUCAUGCACAAGGCACCAUUUCAGCGUUUGGGUGUUGAUGAGUUUGAUACAUGGGUGUUGUCAAAGUUCUGUAAGCAUACAAGGGGGUAAUAGGGUCACAUAGAUAGUUGCUGCUGAUCAAUCGACUUCGUAGAUUGGCCCGAACACAGGUGCUCCAGAUAUUGAGAAAUAGAAUCCAAUCAGCUAUUUAGAUGCUCUGAUGCAUCGGUCUUAA